UCUUCUGCUCCUGCUCUCGCCUGGUUUUCUGUGUUUUUUGAUCCGCCGGGACGACGUUUAUCCGCCGCUGACUUUUAUUAUUUCUCCUGUAAGGAAAAGCGAGCAGACAAAGAACUUUACCGGCAUCGGUAGCAGGGUGCCCGGUUUAACACGGACAGCGCGGCGAACAGAACAGAGGACACCAAGUGCACCGAGGGAGCUCCAUCAAUUUUCAAAAUUUUCUCCAACUUCAGCCCUCAGACAAACAUUAGCAUGAUGUCGUAUCUAAAGCAACCACCUUACACAGUCAAUGGCCUCAGCUUAACCACUUCCGGAAUGGAUCUGUUGCAUCCAUCAGUGGGCUAUCCAGCAACGCCACGGAAGCAGAGGCGAGAGAGGACUACUUUUACCCGCGCACAGCUCGACGUGUUGGAGGCGUUGUUCGCCAAAACCCGGUACCCGGACAUAUUCAUGCGCGAGGAGGUGGCGCUGAAAAUCAAUCUACCUGAGUCCCGAGUACAGGUCUGGUUCAAGAACCGGCGGGCAAAGUGUCGCCAGCAGCAGCAGCAGCAGCAGAACGGGGGCCAGAACAAGGUGCGACCUGCCAAGAAGAAAAGUUCCCCGACCAGAGAAGUGAGCUCAGAGAGCGGGGCCAGCGGACAGUUCACGCCCCCCACCAGCACCACCACGGUCCCCGUCAUCUCCACCAGCACCGCCCCAGUGUCCAUCUGGAGCCCGGCGUCCAUCUCUCCGCUCUCGGACCCCCUGUCUACCUCCUCCUCCUGCAUGCAGAGGUCCUACCCCAUGACCUACACCCAGGCCUCCAGCUACAGCCAGGGCUACGCCGGCUCGACGUCCUACUUCGGCGGCAUGGACUGCGGCUCUUACCUCACCCCCAUGCACCACCAGCUGUCAGGCCCCGGCUCGACUAUCAGCCCCAUGAGCACGAACGCGGUCACAAGCCAUCUGAACCAGUCCCCGGCGUCCCUCUCCACCCAGGGCUACGGGACGUCCGGCCUGGGCUUCAACUCCACAGCAGACUGCUUGGAUUAUAAGGACCAAGCGGCGUCGUGGAAGCUGAACUUCAAUGCCGAUUGCUUGGAUUAUAAGGAUCAAACUUCCUCGUGGAAAUUCCAGGUCCUGUGAACAGAGCAACAAAAUAAAUAAAUAAAUAAAUAAAGAAUAAAGUGCACAGACAGUGACGAUCACAUCAGACACAGCGCUGCUGCCAUCCCUCAGUAAAACACAUCGGACUGGGUCAGAGUGUCCGCCGGGCUCGGCGAGGCAGGGGCCUCGGGGGUGUUCGGCAUGACGGUUCCUCCUAGAGGAGAGGUUUAAUUUAUUUUAGCACCGGCAAAGAGAUUUGUCUUUGUUCCGUUCAUUCACAGGUUGUAGCCCCUCAUCCAUGUCUGUCAGUGUGUGCCUCUAUGCGUCAAACAUACAAACACCUGUUGAGGACAGCACAGAAAGAAAAAGUACACCCACAGCCACGGAACUAAAGUUUACCCGAGAACAAAAAAACAAACAAGAAAAAAAAAAAAAAAAAAAACACUCAAAGCUCUCUUCCCGGCGAAGUGCUCGGGACGGACAGACCUCCUUUAAAAAGGCUUCUUUACACGACUUUGCCCGAGCUUUGCUUUUCCGGCAGGAGAGACGACGGGGACGGUGUGUGUGUGUGUGGACAUGGAUGCACUACUUUAUUUAAGAAAAAAAAGUGUUUAUAAGGAAUCAAUAUGUAGUUUCUAAGAGACAAUCAGUGUGUGUCUUAUAUAAAUGGUACAUAUGUGUUUUUUUAUCUGUGCUAGCCUUCGAAACUGUGAUCUGUUGUAUUGUAUGCAAUGUGUGAGCCCCCCUCGCAUCAGACUCUCUGCUGUGACUCCAAUAGAUUUCUAACCUUUUUUUUUUUUUUUUUUCAAAGAUGCUAGUGGUUAAAAGUUACCGGCAUCACAGAGAGAGACGAGACUUUUUCCCAGCAGCACAUGGUAGUAAUAAUCAAGGGUUAUUAUUAUUAUUAUUAUUAUUAUUAUUAUUAUUAUUAUUAUUAUUAUUAUUAUAGCCCCACUGGAAAUGACUCUCGGCUGCUGAGAGCUCCACACUUGCUCCCCCUCCAUUGAUCUCAACACACGGUGAUUGUGGAUCCUUCACUGGGCUCCAAAGAUGGUGUGACCUCAC